AUGGUUCAUGUUUCUGAAAUUAAAUUGUUGUUAAGAGUUGCCGGUGUGGUUGGUCGCGCGGAUGUGUUAGCGUGCGUGUUCUUCCUUCUAUCACUGUUACUGUAUCAUGGGUCCUCGAGUAGGAGGCGAGUGUGGUCAAGCGUGGUUCUAGCUGCUCUAAGCAUGCUGGCGAAGGAAACUGGGCUCACUGCACUUCUAUUCAACUUGAUUUUUGAUAUAUAUCGUAGUUGGAAUAUUCUUUAUUCAUCCAGGUCACCAGCAAAAUGUCGCUGGAAAAGUGACAAUAUGUGGAGUAGAGUAGGCAAGGGUUUACUGGUCCUCGUGCUCUUAGCUGCAGCCAGAUUAGCCCUACUGCAGGGAUCCCUACCAGCUUUCUCCGCACAAGACAAUCCUCCUGCAUUUCAUCCUUCGUUCACGAUCAGGCUGAUGACCUUCUGCUAUUUAGCAGCAUUCAACUGGUGGUUGCUCCUCUGUCCGUGGACUCUCAGCCACGACUGGCAGAUGGGUUCUAUACCACUAAUUACCAGUGGGUGGGAUCCCAGGAAUUUGAUGACAUGCGCUGCUUUAAUAGCACUGCUCGCGCUGUCGUAUAGAUGCUUGAUGGAUCUGGAGCUUCAACGACACACACCUCUGGUCUUCGGUCUGUUGCUUCUGGUGAUUCCUUACCUUCCUGCUUCCAAUUUGCUGGUCACCGUCGGCUUCGUGGUCGCUGAACGAGUACUUUAUAUACCAAGUUUCGGCUCGGUUGUAAUCACGGCAUAUGGGGUGCAGCUGAUCUGGCAGAGGGGUACAGGAGGUCGAAGGUUACUGGUGUUGAGUGUGGCAGUACUUGUCGCUGCUGGAGCUGCAAGGACGUAUAUGAGGAACCGGGAUUGGAGGACUAGGGAAACUUUGCUUAGAGCUGACCUCGCAGUCCUACCACAUAACGCGAAACUGCACUACAAUUUCGCCAAUUUUUUAAAAGACAUGGAACAACAGGAAAACGCCAUCAAACAUUACAAGGAAGCUCUGAAAUUAUGGCCGAGCUACGCCAGCGCUCACAAUAAUCUGGGAACUCUGGUGUUAGCAUCUGGUCGAGCAGAGCAUCACUUCCUUCAAGCGCUGAAAUAUAAUCGUGAUCACGUCAAUGCACAUUACAAUUUAGCUAAACUGUAUAGGAAAAAGAACCGAAUAGCGGAAUCAUUGAAAAUGCUGGAAAGGUGCAUAUCUCUGGAGCCUCGUUUUGUACAAGCACAUUUAGAAUUGCUGCACAUCAUUCCCGAGGAUGAAAAAAGGCCUACUUUAGACAGGCUCUUGGAAUUAGAGCCCAAGAAUUGGGAGCAUUAUCAUCUUUACGGAAAUUGGUUGAAAGGAAGAGGUCUCUGGCCGCUGUCACUAGCGUACCACACAUCAGCGAUACGACUGUCCUUGGACAAAGAUGGUGAACGAGGAGCGUUGCCGUCGCUACGAGCUGCGUGUCUCAUAUUAAGGAGUGCAGGACAAAGGGCUAGACUACUGCAGCUUCUUACUAGGAAAUAUGUGGAUGGACAAUCUAUUUGUGAGGCUUUCAGUGUAUUCUUCCGGGGUGUUUUUGGCACUGGUUCAGUCACAAAUUUUGCUUUAAGCGAUGAAGGACAUACGCCUGCGUUGGACUCGAUUUCAAAGCUGCACAUUGAUAAAAACACAGUAGAAAAGUCUUUAUUACAAUUAGAUAUUAACAAAGGAGCAGGCAGCGAUGGUAUACCUUCACUGUUUUGGCGUGGCGGGGCGCGGGCGGCGGCCGCGUGGCGCCUGCGCUCCGAGCUGCAGGGGCGCGCCGCCAGAUACGCUCGGGCGCCGCUGAUAACAUCGACCUGCCUUCACCACAGCCAGUUGGAAAUCAAUGAACCAAACGUAAAAACAGUGAACGAACAUUCUCGAACAGUUCCUAACCUAGAUGAUAAAAUUAAAGCAAGUUGCCAAAGAAAUACGUAUAAUAAAAAAAGUGUAUCGAUAUCAGCUCAGUAUAAGCCUAUCCAUAAUAAAUCUGAGACUGGUGUCAAACAGAAGAGUUGUCCCUUACAUAAGAAGAACGAAAGAAAAGAACAAAACGCGUUACCGUAUGUGUCAGAUCAUUUGAUAAAGACUUAUUAAUAUUUAA